GGAAUUUGUAACGCCCCUGCAACAUUUCAGUGGGCCAUGAAUAUGGCCUUCGCUGAGUUCGUUAACAAAACCCGACUUACUCAACCCCUGAUCAAUUUCUGCGUGAUUGUGUACAUGGAUGAUAUUUUGGUCUUUUCAAAAACACACGAGUACCACGUGGAACACAUUGCGUGGGUUUUGCAUGCACUGAAAGAUGCAGGGUUCAAAGUGGCCUUGGAGAAAAGCGAGUUCUUCUUGUCGGAGAUCUCAUUCUUGGGGUAUAUCGUCACGGUCGACGGACUAAAACCGGAUCUGAGGAAGGUGGCAGCAGUUCAAGACGCCCCGGCGCCGGUCACACUCACCCAGGUUCGGGCUUUUCUAGGGCUGACAUCCUAUUACCGACGCUUCAUCAAGGGGUUCGUCGGCAUAGUGAAGCCCCUCACGAACCUGCUGAAGAAAGAGGAACAGUUGAUCUGGACGCUGGAAUGCGAAGCGGCGUUUCAGGCGUUGAAGGAGGCUCUGACAUCUGCUCCUGUGUUGGCACGCCCCGACCCGAUAAGACCGUUCGCACUGUACACAGAGUGGCAGCCUCAGGCGAUACCGGCGGUGUUGACUCAGCACGGCAAGGACGGAAGGGAGCACGUCAUUGAGUAUGCGUCCAAGACGUUGAGCCAGGCACAGGCUAAUUACGAAGCGUGCAAAGGUGAAUGCCUGGCGGUGGUGUGGGGGAUUCAGCAUUUCCGACCGUAUCUGUACGGCCAGAAAUUUGUCCUGGUAACGGAUCAUCAGCCGCUGAUGUCCCUACGCAACAACACGGACUACACGGGGACGCUGGGCAGGUGGGCGGUGCGUCUGCAAGACUAUGACUUCGACAUCCGCCACCGUGCCACGCGGCAGCAUGGUAAUGCCGAUGGAUUAACGCGCCUUCUGCCGCCCAACAAGUGUCCCGCCAAUGAGCGACUCAUUCCGUGGAGGCCAGAAGUCGCGGUGACGAAACUGCACUACGGGGAGCUACACGUGCUGCGGAGCAGGAUGAACCAUCGCCAGCCGGAGCAUGAGCCCCUCGAGCACUUCCAGACGCCGCUUGCAGAUCGCUUGUUGCGGCAUCGGUUUAAUGAGGAGAGGCAGUUGCGGUACGACAUCCAACAGGUGAACGUGCCAGCGCCCGGGGUUGCUGAUUUGGCAGCGUACUCGUUGCUUUGCGAUCGGCUGACAUAUGCGGGAGUGUACGUGGACGUGACGCAGUUGCCUGGCCGAGAGACGACCCGAGUAUUCAUUGAGUUUCGUGCACUCCGGGUGGCACCCAACUUCGUGCACAGCAUCGCCACCUUCAUCGGAGACUUGACGGUCCUACCGCAGCAGAAUCGGGAACUGGCACGCAGCUUUGUGCGCGAAUACGCGGUGGAAGCGGCCAGAUCAGUGGUCAGAGUGCAAGGACGGGGGGGACACCGGUUCACAGCCCACGAAGUGCUGCUGCGUAUGGCAGCGGACGGACCGAUUGCGAUGGUGCCGCAGCUCCCUGCGCUUCUCCCUCCCGCUGCUCCUCUCAACCUCCAAGCUAUUCCCCCUCUAACUGACGUGGAACCGCUGCCCUUCGCCGACGAAGACGCGUGGGAGUUGCACCGUGCGCUGUACAAGUCAGUGGCACUGGGGAUGUUCCGAUUCUUCGUGGAUCACGAAGACCACGCUAUCGGGGAGCACUUCGGCGUUUACUACGUCAUCGCGAGGCCCAAGCCAGCGGAGAAGGAAGGGAUGGUGGCGUUGUACCCCUUCACCCAGCUCCAGACAAUCGAUUUGGGAUUGUUGGAGCUCAUACAUCUUGAGCUCCUCUCCAUUGCGCAAGUGAUCGCGAGCGAGGAGCAGGAGAUCCACCCACGAUUGCGGACGGCGACGGCCCCGAGGAGAACGUACAACGCGGUCGUCAUCCCGGAUUACAUUGCGCAGCGCGCUAAGAGAUUGGAGGACUUCCCGUAGGAAAGGCCGUUGCGUCCUCCCUCGUCGUAUCCUCGACCAGCGCCACCGAAGGCCCCCAAGAA